CCUUCUGCAAAUCUCUCUUCUCCGACUGCAUUCCUCCCAUCUUCUCUUUAGAAAAUUCUAUUUUAGCCCUUCUCCUUCCUCACCUCCUCUCCGAAUAGAAUCGAAGAUGAAUGCUACCAGUAAAUUGGAGAAUCGCUCUCUCUUGGACGAGUUUCGAAGCUUCGACAAGGGAGGGCUCUUCGAUCUUGGCCAUCCUCUCCUCAACCGAAUUGCAGAGAGCUUCGUCAAAGUCGCAGGGAUUGGAGCAGUUCAGGCGGUUUCUCGCGAGGCGUAUCUGACCGCCGUAGAAGGCGCAGGAAUUGACUCAACAGCAGUGCCGGAUAUUGCAAGCAGCAAGAAACAUCGGUUUCCGGGUCUCAAAGGAGAGACUAAUAGGAAAUCUCUCGAAGCAAUGGUGAGAAACACUGGGAAGGAGUCAAUCCAAUGGGGACUGGCUGCUGGUUUGUAUUCCGGCAUAACGUAUGGCCUACAAGAAGCUCGGGGAGCUCAUGAUUGGAAAAACAGUAUGGUGGCAGGGGCAUUGACAGGAGCGACGUUGGCGCUCACUUCCGAGGACGCCUCUCAUGAGCAGGUUGUUCAAUGCGCCAUCACUGGAGCAGCGCUCUCAACGGCUGCGAAUCUUCUCACCGGCGUAUUCUAGAUCUUACUCAUCUUUGUUUAGUCUCCUUUGAAAUCUCUCUCUAUCUGGGUUUUGGGUCCUUGGAGAGAAGGAAGUUCUUCCUUCAUAUGAGGCAUGUGAUGUUUGGAACUUUGAACAAUCCAUCUAUCUUUUAAGAACUUGCAUUUCCUUCA